AUGGAAUUAAAACAACAUUUAAUUGAUCUGAGCGCUCAGAUAAGGGACAUUCGUGUGGAAACUGGACUUCGCCCCAGACCGUUCCCACUCCUGACGGAACCAUUCGCGGGAGGACGAGGAGGUGAACGGCGCACGCAGGGGCAACAACAACCGCAGCAAUUACAACAAUUCACUAAAUCGAGAGGUCAACGGCGUAGGUCUAAAAAACGAACAAGACGCAAACAACCGCAGGGGAAUGCGCGGUCCGAAAAUCGGCCUCCGCCGCCGCCGCCGUCGUCAAAUCAGCUGCCGCCUCCCUCUCGGCCACGAUCUGCAGCAUACAAUCGAAUAACAGAGAGUACGUCUUGCGUACAGCGACAGCUGUCGCGGCCGCCGCCGCUGCAAUUGUCCCAGGUCAAAUGGACCAUGUCAUUGGUAGUUCUGAGUAUUCAUUUGUAUCCAAUUUGGGUUGCCCCGGUACGGCGUGGUAUCUUAAAAUCUAUCGACUUCGCCGUUUGUAUUCGGGAGGACUCUGUGAUCGCCCCCCCGUUCCGCGGCCGCAGCCAUUUCGGUUGCGGGUGCGGAGCGGGGGGGCGUGAGGUUGGCUCCUCUUGGCCCCCGCCCGCAGGCAGCGGCCCUCGGUCCCGCACCACGUACGGGAUAACGAGCGUGGCCGGAGGUGGCUCAGUAGAGCCAUUUUUAUGUCAGUACGUCGUGCAGGCGCGGGUUAGACCGCACACGCCCACCCGACGCACCGACCCUCCGCCCACUACCAACAACGACGCCCCAAGUCGCGGCUCACGAGAGGCCUACCACCCCCCUAUGCUCCGCGAGUCACGACGUCCUCGACCACCGCUACCGGGAAUACGUCCCGGACGCCGGUCGAGCCUCCGAUCCGCGCCGCCGCUACCCGACUUACUGCCAGGACGCCGGCGCGGAACAACCUCAUAGCCCAAGUUGGGCUCCCCACUCGUGGUCCUGGGUGGACCUUACCUCCCCCCUACGCGCAAGACGAUGGAGGGCACAGAAGCCCCAACCCAACGACCCCCCCUCCCCUGUCCCGAAGGACUCCCCCCCCUCGGCGGCCGCUACUUGGAAUAUGUCCAAGGCGCCCGCCGAGCCCCCAGUGUCGGACUCUUGGCCAUAGGGACCGAUGAAUCAGCUAACGCUGAAUUCAUCCUUCCCUAUGCCCGGGGUACACCGGCCCGCAACAAUGGCGGAUCCGCUCCCAAUGGGAACUGA